AUGAGCACCAUGUCCAGACUGCUUCCGCGGCGGGAAUUUCUAGCGCGCACAGCAGGCAUCAUUCGCAAUACUCCAUGCCCCCGGGCCUCUUCCGCGCGACUCAUUCCACCCCCCACAACCCCCCAAGCCGCAUGGAACCGCAUCUCCCCCUUCUCAACUAGCACACCUCUCUCCUGCUCAGGCCACAACAAGCCCAAUAAUGACACUUCCUCCUCCACAGACAAAUACGCCGCAGGUUUGCGCCUGAACAAAGAAUGGGCCGCGGAAACCGCGCGCAACCACCCAGACCUCUUCCCCACGCUCGCAAAGGGCCAGUCGCCCCAGAUCCUGUGGAUCGGAUGCUCGGACUCGCGCUGCCCGGAGACCACCCUGCUGGGCCUUCAGCCCGGUGACGUAUUCGUGCACCGCAACAUCGCGAACGUCUUGCACCCGGGCGACCUCAGCUCCUCCGCCGUGAUCGAGUACGCUGUGCACCACCUGCGCGUCCAGCACGUCGUGCUCUGCGGCCACACGGCCUGCGGUGGCGUCGCGGCUGCGCUGGGGAAUAAGCAGCUCGGUGUGCUGGAUCCGUGGCUUCUGCCGCUGCGCCAGGUGCGCGAGCGGAACUUGGAUCUCUUGCAGUCUCUUCCUGCUGAUGAGGCUGCACUGAAGCUCGUUGAGCUUAAUGUCCGCGAGGGAUUGAAUGUCAUCAAGCAGAAGAGCGUCGUUUUGACCGCUAUCCAGGAGCGCGGACUGCAGGUUCAUGGCCUGAUCUACGAUGUUGGGUCCGGCGUCCUAAGGGAAUUGGAUUCCCAGGACUCGGAUGAGACUAUCAAGGCGCGUCUGGCGGCUUUCAAGACGGAGGGUUAG